CAAACGACGAUGCUGAAGGUGUCGUCGUCGUUUAGGCCGAGGUCUUAGGCAAAGUUCUCCGCAUCACAGUGCAAGCCGCGAAAACCGAACGACACUGAACACAAACUCCGCGCCUUCUUCUUUUUCUUCUCCAUUUGGAAGUGAAUGAAGCAUUCAGAAAAAGAGUGAAUGGGGUUUGGAGGCAAAUUCUGGGACUUGCUUAAACCCUAUGCCCGAAACGAAGGUUUCGACUUUUUGAGGAACAAGCGGGUUGCUGUGGACCUAUCCUUUUGGAUUGUUCAGCAUGAGACUGCUAUCAAGGGCAAUGCUCGAAACCCACACCUCAGGCUCAUUUUCUUUAGAACUAUCAGCCUCUUCGCUAAGGUUUGGACUGGAUGGGCUUUUUGUUAAUUUUGGAGCAUUCCCAGUCUUUGUAGUUGAUGGAACUCCAUCUCCACUGAAAUCAAAGGCAAGGAUUGCACGAUUCUAUCGUUUUUCUGGCAUUGAUUUGUCAAGCUUGCCUGCAGCUGACUAUGGUGUUUCAGUUGACAGAAACCACAAAUUUUCUAAAUGUGUUCAAGAAUGUGUGGAACUACUUGAGCUUUUUGGGAUGCCUGUUCUGAAAGCAAAAGGAGAGGCUGAAGCAUUAUGUGCUCAGCUGGAAAGUGAAGGUCAUGUGGAUGCUUGCAUCACAUCUGAUAGUGAUGCGUUUCUCUAUGGAGCUAAAUGUGUGAUAAAAUGCUUUCGGCCAAAUUCUAAAGAACCAUUUGAAUGCUACCACAUGUCAGAAAUUGAAGCCGGUCUUGGUUUAAAGAGGAAACACUUGAUAGCCAUAUCUCUUUUGGUUGGCAAUGACCAUGAUCUAAAUGGGGUGCAAGGCAUAGGGCUUGAUACAGCUGUGCGUUUUGUCCAGAAUUUUGGUGAAGAUGAGAUAUUGAAUAGGUUGCAUGAAAUAAGCAGUGGAGAUACUUCUUUAUUUAAGUUUGGCAUGAAAUCUGCGGAUGAUCUUCUAUCCAGUUCAGAUGAAAUUUUACUAAGGACAAAAUGUUCUCAUUGUUCCUUCUGUGGGCAUCCGGGUAACAAACGAGACCAUUUCAAGUCUUCUUGUGAAUAUUGCUCUACCAAAAUUGGCGAUGCUUGCUUGAAAAAGCCAGAGGGAUUUAAAUGUGAUUGCUUGGCUUGUGAUAUGAACCGGAAGGAAAAGGAAAAGAAGAUGCGAGAAUGUUGGCAAACAAAAAUUUGCGCCAAGAUUGCAAUGGAGCCAAAUUUCCCUAAAAAUGAGCUUAUUGAAAUGUAUUUGUGCAACAACCAUGGUGCUUUCACCGAAAAUGUUGAAACAUGUAUAUCAUGGGGCAGCCCAAAAACCGAACUGCUGGUUGAUUUCUUGGCUUUUCAUCAGAUGUGGGAGCCUUCAUAUAUUCGGCAAAGCAUACUUCCUAUGUUGUCCACUAUUUACUUAAGAGAAAUGGCUGCAGAACCAGUAAAAUCUCUUUUACAUGAUCAGUAUGAGUUUGAUUCCAUAGACCGCAUAAGAAUGAGAUAUGGGCAUCAAUUUUACAUCAUUAAGUGGAAAAAGGCUGUACCUGCCAGGUCUGGUGUUACCUAUGCAACCCCUUCAGAGGAGUCUAAUUCGCAAGAUGAUGUUAUAGAUGUUGAUGAAUCUAUUAAUCAAUUGGAUGAGCUAGAUGUUCCUAAGAUUCAUGUUGAUGGUGGGUGUCACUUUUUGCUGACAGAUGAAAAUAUGGAACUUGUUCAGGCUGCUUUUCCACAGGAGGUUGACAGAUUUUUGCAGGAAAAGGUGUCAUUUAUAUUCUUUGUACAUCUACAUCGUUUGGGGAUUCUAUUUCCUCUUUGUUACUUUAAGGAACAGAAAGAAUCAAAACGAAGAAACAGUGAAAGCUUAAGAUCUGGAGGGAGAAACAAAAAGUUGGAAUCACCAGGUUCAAGAGCCGCACAACUAACUAUGACCGAAUUCUACCGUUCAACGAAAGCACAAUUGCAGACAAAACCUGAAGAAGGUUUAGCUGAAAAUGCUGACAACGGUGGGAGCAAUCCGACAUCAAAAGGGAAAAGAAAAGUAUCAACUCCAAGCCUCCCAAAGUCAGUAAGACGUCGACUUUUGUUUGACUAGGAAUUUUUUUUUUCUUUUAGGCUAGUUGGUUGUUUUUGGAGAAGUUGGAAGAUGUAAAGUUUUAAGUUCCUAUAUAUCUUCCCUAAAUGGGAUAGGCUUUUUGUAUAUUAUUUUGUAAGUAAAGUUUAGGUUUGGUGAUAUAGGUUUGGUCUCUCUGUGCUUCCUGUAGCCAAACAUGGUUUUCUUGUGCUUUCCUUGUUGAAACUAUAAAUCUUUGGUUCUCUA